CGGAAAGAAAGAAAUACGGAAGAAUGAAAGAGAAAAAAAAGGAGGAAAGAAUGAACGAAAGAACAGCGGAAGGAAGAUAGAACAAGCAAAUGAUGGAAGGAAGAAAGAAUAAAUGAACGUUGGAAGGAGAAAAGAACAAACAACGGAUGGAAGGAGGAAAGAAUGAUGACGGAAGGAGGACAGAAUGAACAAAUGAAUGAUGGAAGCAGGAAAGAAAGAAACAGAGACAGAAGAAAGAUAAAGAAAGAUGGAAGAAGGAAAGAAAUACAGAAGAAGGAAAGAAAUAAAGAAUUACAGAAGAGAAAUAUGAAAGGAGAAAAGAAGGAAAGAAAGACGGAAGAUGGAAAGAAAGAAACACGGAAUAAGGAAAAAAGAAAGAAAGUAGGAAAGAAUGAAUAUAUGAACAGCGGAAGGAGGAUAAAACAAGCGAACAAUGGAAGGAAGAAAGAAUGGAAGAAAGAAAGAGAGAAUAAAAGAAAGAAAAGAAAGACAGAAGAAGGAAAGAAAGAUAGAAGCACAGAAGAGAAAUAUGGAAGGAGUAAAGAAGGAAAGAAAGACAGAAGACGACGGAAGGAGGACAGAAUGAACAAACGAAUGAUGGAAGCAGGAAAGAAAGACAGACAGAAGAAAAGAAAGAUGAAAGAAAUAAAGAAGAAGCAAAGAAAUAAAGAAACACAGAAGAGAAAUAUGGAAGGAGGAAAGAAGGAAAGAAAGACAGAAAGAAAGAAAUACGGAAGAAGGAAAAAAGAAAGAAAGGAGGAAAGAAUGAACGAACAAACAAACAAACAGCGGAAGGAGGAUAGAACAAGCGAACAAUGGAAGGAAGAAAGAAUAAAUAAAUGUUGGAAAGAGAAAAGAACAAACGAACAAUGGAAGAAGUAAAGAACGAUGACGGAAGGAGGACAGAAUGAACAAACGAAUGAUGGAAGCAGGAAAGAAAGAAAGACAGAAAGACAGAAGAAAAGAAAGAUGAAAGAAAGACAGAAGAAGGAAAGAAAUAUUGAAGCACAAAAGAGAAAUAUGGAAGAAGGAAAGAAAGACAGAAGAUGGAAAGACAGAAAUACGGAAGAAGGAAAAAAGAAAAAAGGAGAAAAGAAUAAACGAACGAACAGCGGAAGGAGGAUAGAACAAGCGAACAAUGGAAGGAAGAAAAAAUAAAUGAAUGUUGGUAGGAGGAAAGAACGAUGACGGAAGGAGGACCGAAUGAUGACAGAGAGAGGACAGAAUGAAAAACGAAUGCUGGAAGCAGGAAAGAGAAGAAAAGAAAGAAAAAGAAGGAUGGAAGAAGUUAAGAAUUACAUAAGGAGGAAAGAAAUAAAGAAUCACAGAAGAGAAAUAUAAAAGGAGGAAAGAAGGCAA